CAAUACAUUUGUUUUCAUUAUUGUCUAUCAAUUUGUUCACUCAUUUUGGGAUUAAUUCUUUGACCAAAAUGUCAGAAACUGAUGAUCAGAGCGAUAAAAGUGGUAACAAUGAGAAGAGAUGUCAAUUUGGGAACAGAUAUCUGACGGAUGAAAGUCAUGUCUUUCAACACAACGCCUGGGAUGACGUGGAAUGGGAUCAAUCAUUCAAAGAGUCCAUUGAGACUAAAGUGAGAGACAAUUCGGCGAACAAAGUGUCCGACGAAGACGUGAAGCGUUACGACCAAAAGGCCAACACAUUUUGGGAUCAAUUUUAUGGCAAACACGAGAACAAGUUUUUUAAGGACAGGCACUGGUUGUUGACUGAAUUCCCAGAACUCAAUAACAGUGAUAGCGAAGAGUCUAAGAGUACUAUUAGUAUCCUUGAGUUGGGCUGUGGUGUCGGCAAUACUGUCUUUCCUGUCCUCCAAAUCAAUUCAAAUCCAAAUCUCAUGAUAUAUUGCUGUGACUUUUCGUCGACUGCCAUAUCAUUAGUUAAAUCCAAUCCAUUGUAUGACCAAAAGAGAUGCAAUGCCUUUACAUUAGACAUAACGUGUGACGACUGGACGGUUCCGUUUCCUAAAUGCAGUUUAGAUGUCGUGACAAUGAUUUUCGUUCUCUCGGCGAUAGAUCCCAAUCGGUUAAUGCAAACGGCGAUCAACCGAAUCGGGCAAUACCUAAAAGUUGGCGGACUUUUGCUAUUCCGAGACUACGGCCGAUACGAUAUGACACAAGUGAGGUUCAAAUCGGGUCAUUGUCUUAAAGACAACUUCUAUGUGCGCGGAGACGGAACGCGCGCCUAUUUCUUCACCGAACAAGAGAUCGAUUCCAUGUUCACAAACGCCGGACUUAACAAACUGUUUCUACGUUCGGAUAAACGCCUUCAAGUGAAUCGCGCCAAACAGGUCCGUAUGUAUAGAGUGUGGGUUCAGGCAAAGUAUUGCAAACACGAGUAAAUCAACACAAGUCUAAGUUUUUCAGUCAACAUUUAUUUGAAAUAAUAUUCAACUUAUAGCUAAUAGUAAAUGAAUUGUUUAUAAAAAAAAGCUGCACUUAGGGUGAGAGCUGCUUUAAUUGUCACCUAAAAUCUUAAUUAUAUAUUAAAUACAAAAAAUAUAUAUUAAUAGAACUGUAAAUAUUUGUUUUGUAUAAAUAUUUUGUUUUUUAAAAGACUGACGAC